GCCUUGCUCUCGAGAGCAGUGGUGUUUGUGCGCGCGCGCUCUCACUCUGACAGGAACGGUCACUGAGGCGGCUGCGGUUCUAACCGUUACUUUACAACACUUUAUAUCGGCUAGUUUUCCUAUUUAACUGCCAUCAAAUAACAUUUAUUUAAUAGUUCUUUGUUUGGUUUUUAUUGCCUACCCGCUUGUUGAUGUGUGACUCGGAGUUGGGAUGGAAACGGACCGGUACAUCAUAUUAUUAGCAUGAAGCUAACUUUUGUUCGUUUGUUCGCUUAUUUUGAAACAUGAGGGACCGUCUGGCUGAGCUGAAGUCGGGGAGGCCUAGCGAUGAGGAAGAUGGCAGCGUCGUGGUUCCAGUGGAUCGAGGUGGCUUUAUGGAAGGCUUUUUCAGAAAGGUGGAGGAAGUAAGGAGCAACAUUGAUAAAAUUUCCUCGCAAGUGAACGAAGUGAAAAAGAAGCACAGUAUGAUCCUCUCAGCUCCCAACCCUGACGAAAGGACCAAAGAGGAGCUCGAGCAGCUGAUGGUCGAAAUCAAGAAAAAUGCCAAUGUGGUACGGACCAAACUCAAAACUAUGCAGCAGAACUUGCCUGCAGAAGAACAAGCCAACCAUGCCUCAGUGGACGAGCGCAUCCAGAGAACACAGUACACAGUCAUGUCUCGGAAGUUUGUGGAAGUCAUGACUGAGUACAACGACGAGCAGGUCUCCUUCAGAGAGCGUAGCAAGUGCAGGAUCCAGAGACAGCUGGAGAUUACUGGAAAGAGGACCACCAAUGAGGAACUGGAGGAAAUGCUGGAGAGCGGUAACCCCUCCAUUUUUACCUCAGAUAUCAUUUUGGACUCACAGAUCACCCGACAGGCACUGAACGAGAUUGAGUCAAGGCACAAAGACAUCAUACGGCUUGAGUCCAGCAUCAAAGAGCUCCACAACAUGUUUAUGGACAUGGCUAUGCUCGUAGAGACACAGGGUGACAUGAUCGACAACAUUGAGAACAACGUAAGGAACGCGGUGGAGUAUGUAGGCAAAGCCAACGAGGAGGUGAAGAAAGCUGUGAGGUAUCAGAAGAGCGCCCGCCGGAAAUAUAUCAUCCUGGCUGUGAUCCUGCUGGCGAUAAUCUGUGUUCUAGCGCUAAUCAUCGGCCUUUCCGUGGGCCUGCCAUCUAAAUCGACCUCCUCCAUUACUUCAUCAACCAAUCCCGCUUAAGCAUGACUCCUGUACUAACACACUGACCACGCAGAAAAAUUGUGUAUGUUGCCAUUUGCGGAUCGGCGUGCCUCCUUCUUCUGCUCAUCGUGAUCGUCGGAGUGUUUGCUAGUUAGCCGUCAAUGCUCCAACCAGAGAACUUCAGAACCUUCUGAGCUUAGCUAAAAGAUUUGUAUUUAACCGUUUUGCUAUCUCAUUUCUUACGUCAAAGAAGAACUUUUCAACAUUUCUCCAGGAGCUGAGAUUUAAUACUUUGUUACUGUGAUGUUUUGCCAUAGACAUUUGUGGACAGGUUUUUUUUUUUUUUUUUUUUGAUGAUCUAUAAGCUUUUGAGAUCUGGAUUCCCGAAAGGGCUACGUUUACUUUUCCUUGUCAUCACCACACACACACACACCAAGUUGUUACUGUUGUGUGAUGCCUAUUAUGGGUGUAAAACAACAUUUUUGGCCAAAAAUAAAAUAAACACGAUGCAUGCGAUUUAGGUAACGAUUAAGACAUCAUUGGUGGCUUUAAUUUACUACAAGCUAAAGAAACUUGUAGCUACUAAUUAAAAAAAAACAUCAAAGUGAGGUCAAUGUUUGAAUGUGUCAUUUUAUGCUUUAGCAGAUAAAAAAAAUAAUACCUUGACUUGUGUUAGUUAGGUGUUGGGCUACCACAAGCCACCAGUGCUCCUUAGUAUCGAUUCUUUAAGUCACUGGAACUGUACAGGAGAGAUGAACACCAGUCCUUCCAGAAGAUCUUCCCUGAGUCCCCCUUAAAAUUCCCUUUAAGUUUGGCGCUGGUUAGUGUGAAGACCGUAGCAUACGAUUGACAUCUUUGUCGAUCUGUUCAGUGGGCCUUCAUGCUUGGCGAAUGUGGGCAGAAUCGUCCUGUAAAAGACCCAAUAAAGAAAUGCGAUAUGUCCAAAGAGAUGAUUUCUUUUCCUUUAAGCGGACAAAUGUAGACAAACCAUUGUAAUUAAAAUAAAUAAGUGCCCCCCCCAAACCCUACAGAAUAACACAGCUAACCAUUUUUCUUUUAAUUCAUCACACAGAUUGUUAAAAUGAACUGAUUUCCAUUUUUAAUAUCUUGCACAGCUUGGCAGUUUUCUGUGGAAGCUGUAUAAUUCGCUUCAAAUUCUCGUCAUUUACGCUUGCAGUUUGCAUUCUAUGCAAACUGCCAGCUCCACUCAUUCUUUUCUUGCUAAGUCCAUUAGCUAUUUAGCUACAAGAACAAAAAUAACAGAGAAAACUUCAGAUGCUUCAGCUUGUCUUGGGUGAUUUGCUGGUUAACUUCACGCGUGAUGCGUUUUUUUGUCAUUCGUGAUAUUUCUUGCUAAGAGCUACAAUACGAUAUGUAACGUCGCUCUCUCACUGCCUCGUGAGGUCUGACCGAAGGCCGCGGAUGUUGACACGAUCCAGACAAGUGCACUUAAUACCGUAGCUCAGAAAACACGCACCAAGUGCACUUAAUAUUCAGCCAAAUGUUCAGAAGCCAACGCUGAGAUGCCUUUAAUGAUGAGAUGAGUAACAUCAAGGUGCACAGAUUCACAGCUCACUUUACAUGCUUCCAUGUUGUAUCAUGUGAAAUUUACACAUCAGGUGUACACAUCAGAACAUCAGAACAGGCUGGAAGUUGGACAAAGACGGUAGUGUUUAUAUAUUUAUAGAGAUGGAAGGCUGAUAUCAGACCUGUGAACGUUUGUGAGAAUUUCUUGUAUGUACUGAAUGGUCCUAUCGUCAUGAAUUAUGUAUGUAAAAGUCAAUUUCUGUAAUUAAAAUGAAAUUGUGCCUUCA